GGUACUGUACCUGGUACCGGUUCUGGUACCUGGUGGGUACGGUACGUGGGUACCCUUCAUCCAGUCUCAAUCCGCUUCACCGGCUAAUUUUGUUUAACUGUUCCGGAGAUGCUUGGUCGGUUCUGGUGGGGGUCAAAACAGCAGAUGCCUUAUAAUCACAACAUCUUCGCGUCAGCCGAUUUUUCCGUUACGACGGAUUUAGCCUAAGCAAGUGGAAUAUGUCGGUUCGAACUGGCCUGCUCUGACUUUGCUCUUGUCUUUGGAGCUCCCCAACGCCAUCGACAGCAAUGCAAAGAUCAGAGGGAAAGAAGUGUUCACCAUCAUUCAAUCGUCUCUACUAUCCUGUUUGAAAGGAGCAAGAGACGAUUCAAAGUCUACAACUCCAACAGAUUAGUCCCUGAGAGUUAUCUUUGUAGUUGUGUUCCCUGUUUGUAGGUGUGAGUGAGUGGAGUAUAGAUUUCCGUGUUGGCGAUACUAGGCCGUUCUACAAUGCAGCAAAAGCCCAGUGCACCAAAUGCUAAUGGGGAGAUGCCCCACGACGACGACCCCGCCGCUGACAAUUUUGUUGUGGACUCAUCCACCAAGGUUGCUCCACAAAUGCACACAAAUAUGAAUGGCAACAUGCCGCCACAGCAGGUAUAUGUCGAGAACAAUAACAUGGGACCUAACAUGGGACCGCCCAAAGUCGCAGGGCUGGAAACCCAGUUCCAAGCACUCGGCAUCCAUGGAGAAGAAGGCACCAUCAAUAACAACCACGAGCCUCGUGAAGGAGAAGUCGAAGACUCUGAAGGCAAUGAUGGGGCCGAAGGCGAGGACGAUCCUCUCAAGCUCUUUGUGGGACAGGUCCCCAAAGACAUGAACGAAGAAGAUAUCUUUCCCACUUUUGACUCCUUUGGACCACUCAAGGAUGUAGCCAUCAUUCGAGACAAACACACUGGAUUGCACCGGGGAUGCGCAUUUGUCACGUUUUGGUCGUCCGGUGACGCAGAGCGUGCUCAGGAAUCUUUGCAUGACAAUUUCACAUUCCCCGGUGCUCGUAGGCCAGCUCAGGUCAAGCCCGCGGAACCAUCAGUACCAGAGAACAAACUUUUCAUUGGUAUGCUUUCUAGGAAAGCUGGUGAGACAGAAGUGCGUGAAAUAUUUGCACCCUAUGGAGAGAUCAAGGAGAUCUACAUGAUCCGAAAUGCGGAUGGAUCCAGCAAGUGCGCUGCUUUCCUCAGAUAUGUCAAGCGCGAAGCAGCAUUGCAAGCCAUUGAAAGUCUCAACAACAAUGUCAUGAUGGACGGUUCAGCACGGCCCCUGAUCGUCAAGUUUGCUGAUAACAAACACCAAAAGCAGCAGAGGCACAUGCGCAACGUCAGACGACAAGAACUCAUGGCCACGGGAGCUGGACCAGGGUAUCCAGGCUACCAGGUCCCACAGGUCCCCCCUCCAAUGGGAAUGGCCGCGCAUCCCGGUGGCCCACAGUAUCCAAUGCCACCACACCAGUAUGGACCGGCGUAUGGUGCCGGAAACCCUCCACCACCACCACACCCUCCCCACCACCCCUACAUGUACCCUCCACACCAGUAUGGACCUGCUCCUCCUUACGGCUACCGUAAUCCCCAAGAAAUGAGGCCGCCUAAUCCCCGUCCACGCGAGGGGCCCGCUGGCGCCAACCUGUUUGUGUACCACCUUCCUCAUGACCUGACGGAUGCCGAUUUGGCCACCGCUUUCAAUCCGUUUGGAAACGUGAUUAGUGCGAAAGUUUACGUCGACAAGUACACUGGUGAAAGCAAAGGUUUUGGUUUUGUGUCCUACGAUUCGGUCAUGUCAGCCGAAGCGGCAAUUGAACAAAUGAACGGUUUCCAGAUUGGAAACAAGCGCCUAAAGGUUCAGCACAAGCGUGUCCAUAAUCACGGCCAAAACGGCGUACACAAUGGCAUGCCCCAACAGCAGCCCAUGCCUCAGGCCCAUUAUCCCGUCCCGGGACACCAGCCCCCUCCCGUUGUCUCGACCACGGCGGCUGCCGGCCCUCCAGCACUUCGGGUCAAUCCCUAGGAGAGAUUGACAAUAUUGCGUGGGCGAAUCCUCUCUUAUCACUACCCCAACCAAACAAUCCCCUGUACGAACAAUACAAUUCAAGGGCACUGUUCUCUAGUAGCAUUGUUUCACUAGUAGAAUGAAUUUGCCU